UUUGAAUUUUCUCCUAAAAACAUGUUAAUCGUUUUCAACCAUUAAAUAAAACGACAUUUAUUUUCCCUAUAAAACACUUUCUCUUCGCUUAACUAAAAUCCACGCAAAGGCAAUCAUUCUCUCUUACACUAAAUCAAAUGGGAAAACCAACCCUUUUAGCCUUCCUUGUAAUUCUUAUCUUCAAUAUAACUUCUUCUGCUUUCUCUGCCACGGCUGAUGGUGAUGAUUCAGUUUAUGAAUCUUUCCUUCAGUGCCUGCAAAGCAACACUAACCCACAAGACGAAAUCUCAAAACUUGUUUAUUCACAAUCUAGCACAUCUUACACUUCAGUUUUAAGAGCUUACAUAAGAAAUGCACGCUACAAUACUUCAGCAACACCGAAACCACUUGUCAUUGUAACUCCAACUCAAAUAUCCCAUGUUCAAGCCACGGUUAUUUGCACAAAAAAAGUUGGUUACCAACUCAAAAUCAGAAGUGGUGGGCAUGAUUAUGAUGGGAUUUCCUACGUUUCUGACAUGCCCUUUUUCGUUCUUGACAUGUUUAAUCUAAGAUCUAUUGAAGUUAAUGUCAACGAUGAGUCUGCUACUGUUCAAGCAGGGGCUACUCUGGGUGAACUUUAUUAUAAAAUCUGGGAGAGCAGCAAAGUUCAUGGUUUUCCUGCGGGGAUUUGUCCCACGGUUGGUGUUGGUGGGCAUUUAAGUGGUGCGGGUUAUGGCAAUAUGUUAAGGAAAUAUGGGUUGUCGGUUGAUAAUGUAGUGGAUGCAGAAAUUGUUGAUGUUAAUGGGAAACUUCUUGAUAGGAAAGCAAUGGGGGAGGAUCUUUUUUGGGCAAUUCGUGGAGGUGGUGGUGGAAGUUUUGGGGUUAUAAUUUCUUACAAGAUCAAGCUUGUUUCUGUUCCUGAGACAGUUACUGUUUUCAGAGUUGAAAGAACACUCGAUCAGAAUGCUACUGAUGUUGUUUACAAGUGGCAAUUAGUUGCUCCUCAAACAAGUAAUGAUCUUUUCAUGAGGAUGCUCUUGCAGCCUGUGACAAGGAACGGUAAUCAGACUAUUAGAGCGUCAAUUGUGACAUUGUAUUUAGGGAAUUCUGAUAGUCUUGUGGCUUUAUUGGGAAAAGAAUUCCCUGAAUUGGGAUUGAAGAAGGAGGAUUGUAUUGAGACAAGUUGGAUUCAGUCUGUGAUGUGGUGGGAUGAGUCUCAAAAUCUUGGAAAGUCACCUGAUGUUCUUCUUGAUAGGAAUCCUAAUGAUGCCAAUUUCUUGAAGAGGAAAUCAGAUUAUGUUCAGAAUCCAAUAUCAAAAGAUGGGUUGGAAUGGUUGUGGAAAAAGAUGAUUGAAGUAGGCAAGACUGGAUUGGUUUUCAAUCCUUAUGGUGGUAGAAUGAAUCAAAUUCCUGCCUCAGAAACUCCAUUCCCCCACAGGGCAGGCAAUUUGUUCAAGGUGCAGUAUUCAGUGAAUUGGGAAGAAGCAGGAAGCGAGGCAGACAAGAAUUUCAUGACUCAAAUAAGGAGGCUUUACAGUUACAUGACCCCAUUUGUUUCCAAGAAUCCAAGGAGUGCAUAUCUGAACUAUAGGGAUCUUGACAUUGGUGUUAUGGAGGCUGGUAAAGAUAGUUUCGAACAGGGUAGUGUUUAUGGCUACAAGUAUUUCAAUGACAAUUUUGAUAGGUUGGUGAAAGUAAAGACUGCUGUUGAUCCAGAAAAUUUCUUCAGGAAUGAGCAGAGCAUCCCUACUUUACCAAAUGUGCAACAUGACACAGGGUUGACUGGAGGCUCUACUUCAAGGUCUAUAUCAUCCAUGUUGAUUCUAAUAGUAAUCUUGAUAUACUUUGCUUGUCUUUAAGGAUCAGAGGAUGAUGAUGUGUUCGUAGCUAUUCUUGGAUUUCUCUUUUCUCUUGUUUGGCAUUCCAAGUGGGAAACUCAUAGGCCGGCCUGUUUGUAUAUAAUCGAGGUUCUACUUCUUUGUAUGGUGUUCCCUUGUUUGAUCCUAUUUAUGAAAGGACUAUAAUUUGCC